AUGUUCAGCCGGUCGGGAUACCAAGCCCUUCCCUUGGGAGACUUUGACCGCUUCCAGCAGUCCAGCAUCGGGUUCUACGGUGCCCAGAAGGGCUUUUUCUGCUUCAGAGACAAGCAAGACCCACUGGGAUCGGCUGGGAAUGCCAUAGACACUUCCCAGGGUUGGCUGUCCUGGAUCUGCCAUGGGAUUAUCACCUCCUUGGUUUUCUUGCUGAUGGUUGUCACCUUCCCCAUCUCAGGGUGGUUUGCCUUGAAGGUUGUGCCCACCUACGAGCGAAUGAUCAUCUUCCGCCUGGGCCGCAUCCAGGCACCGCAGGGACCUGGCGUGGUCCUGUUGCUGCCCUUCAUCGACCACUGGCAGCGGGUGGAUCUGAGGACGAGGGCCUUCAACGUGCCCCCCUGCAAGGUGACCUCCAAGGAUGGGGCAAUCAUCUCCAUGGGUGCCGAUGUCCAGUUCCGGGUGUGGGACCCUGUGUUGUCCGUCAUGAUGGUGAAGGACCUCAUUGCAGCCACCCGGAUGACAGCACAGAACGCCAUGACCAAGACCUUGAUGAAGAAGAGCCUCCGUGAGAUCCAGGUGGAGAAGCUGAGGAUCGGGGAGCAGCUGCUGUUGGAGAUUAACGACAUGACCAAGUCGUGGGGCCUGGAGGUGGACCGGGUGGAGCUGAGCAUGGAGGCUGUGCUGCAGCCACCCCGGGAGAACCUGGUGGGGCCUGCAGCCACUGUGCCACCAGUGCCGGGGCUGGAGGGGCUGGAUGGCACCAUUCAGCAGCUGGCUGCCCAUUUCUUCAGCAGCACCCUGGCUCUGGUUGGCGGCGGGACUGGCGCUCCGGAGGCAGCAGACAGUGUGGAGACAGUGAACGAGGUGGAGCCUCCCACCACUCCCCUCCCUGCCCAGAGGAAGCCCAGUGCAGACGAGCUGCUCUCAGCAGUGGAGUCUGUCCUCUCUGAGGCCCUGGUCAGCCAGGUGGGAGCAUCCUACCAGGUCAACAUCGCCCUGUCCAGUGGCACCUGGAGCACCUACUUCAUAGACCUCUCCUCAGGCAGCGGGCAGAUUGGCCGCGGCGUGCCCGAGGGCAUUCCUGAUGUCACUCUGCAAGUGUCGGAGAAGGACCUUCAGGACCUCUUUCUGGGUGACCUGCGCCCCCUGAGUGCCUACAUGAGCGGGAGGCUGCAGGUGACGGGUGACCUGCACCUGGCCCUGAAGCUGGAGGAGCUCAUCAAGGCGAUGAAGCAGCGUAGAUAGAGCGUGUGCGUGGGCGCGUGUCCGUGUGCUUGUGUCUCUGUCGGUGUGCCAAGGCGUGGGGACAUUUGGGAGGACUGUGCUGUGUGGUGGGGGGCCUUGCCAUGCUGGAGCUCCUGCUGCCCUUCCUGUGGAGGCUGUGGGAGUUGGGUGAACAUCGGAGCAGGGAAACUGAGGCUGAGCUCCACUGCCCAUCCUUGUCCUUGGCUUUCCCUCUGUUCUUCAUCCCCUGCUUGCAACAUUACGGGAACCAGCUGGCACCUCACCAUGCGCCAGUUUGCUUCCAGUUUCGUAGAAUCACAGACUGGUUUGGGUGGGAAGACCUUAAAGUUCCACCCCCUGCCAUGGGCAGGGGACAUC